GCCUUGCUAUGAAUGUUGUGCUUAUUUUGUAUGUUAUGUCAUUUUCGAUUCAUAGUUUAAUAAAUAAUCGUUUGUAAUUUUUAAAAGUUUGAAAUCUAACGUAUGGAAGCUUUAGUGUUUAUAAGAAUUCCUAACCUGUUUUAAUAAAGCCUUGUUUGAAUGUGUUGUGCUUAUUCCAGACAUUUCCCAUUAUGUCCUUUGCAAUUUAUGAUAAAAUAUUUGUUUGGAAUGUUUAAAUAUUUUGAGUGUCUCAAUGAUUAAGAUUGCUAAUUCAUUUGAAAUUUUGAUUUAAGCCGGGUUGCCAUACCAGCUCUAUUAAUUAACCAUUGCUUCCAUUAUAUCGGUGUAAUUAAACAUUAAAAUUUUAACAAAAAAGUUAUAAGAAAGACAAACUAUUCAUCACAAAGUAUGGCUGUCAGGGAAGAAGACUGGCAAGUUAUCUGUGAACAUUCUCUGUUUGCAAAUCGAUUACACCAGCUUGAAGAGAUAUGCCAUUCACAAUAUAAUGGUGUUGCUACAGAUUUUAUCGAUCAUUAUUUACGACCUGUUGUCGAGUUAUUAGAUACAAUUCGGUCAAAAUGCGAGGAUUACUAUAAGCUUAAAACGAAAAAAGAACCUGGUCCAGUAUGGUGGGAAAAGUUUGAACACAUAGUUAAAUUCGCCAUCCAUCCAAAAGUGAUUUCUACCACUCUCCACAAGGGCGAUUUUUAUAUUCAUAUUUCUUCAACGACACCAAGGACAUUGGAACUGAAAUAUUACCAUAUUGGUGAAGUGAGUACGAGGACGUUGUCAAUGACAGACUGUAUAUUAAUGUGUUCACAGAAUUGGACUGAAUUGUUGCGAUCUGAAGCACGAGACAGAUUUAUAUAUACAAGCUGUGUUAUUUGGUCAACGAAAGGAUUCGAGAGAGUUCUGUGGGUUAACUUAUUGAAAGCACAAUUUGUUGGUAACAUGGAUGAUUCCUCUACGUGCAUUCCUUCGGAGAAAGACAAUGUCCUCAGCAAAGACACGUUUAACAUGGACGAGCUCUCCAUCAAGCCUAUGUUGAUAUUAGAUCUGAACUUUGAAUUGCUACACAGCCAAGUCGUAUACACGCCUGGUAGCAGAGACAAAAGAGGAGGCUCGGUUAUCUUUUUUGAUACUAAUAAACGUUCAUGGGAGAAUACAGAUUUAAACAGUGAAGAACUAGCCAAGUUGCUGAUCUAUUACUACAAAAUACCAAAAGAUGGUGUGCAGCGGAAAGGUUGUUCGUUAGUCAUCGAUGCAAGAGAAGGGAAACAGACGAGAGACAUCUUAGAAUGUAUUGGUGAAGCUGUCACAGUCCUGCAGACCCAAAUUCCCGGCUCCGUUCAUAUGGCUUUUGUACUGACAAGAAAAGACUCACUAAUGCUUCUCUUUGCUGCGUCGAAAGUGAAAGAGAAUCUAAACUUUCAGUUCCAAUUUUUAUCAUCAUUGGAGAAGCUAUCCCGUGAAGUGGACGUCGAGCAAUUACCUGAAUGUUUUGGAGGUCAAAUGAGAUAUAACCAUGAUAGCUGGAUUAAAUUUAGAACGAAAGUGGAACCGUUUAUGACUGGAUGUCGAAGCGCAGCCAAACACGCCAUGAAUUACAUGCAAGACUUGAGCAGAACGGAUUUAGGUAGCACUUCAAGCGAAUGUCAACUUCUUCUCGAUGCACAUCGAGAAAAAUCGAGAGAAGUGUUGGAAGAUUCGCGUUUGUUAGGACUACGAACGGAAGGGAAACAAAUAAUCGAACGUUUAGUUGAAGAAGACAGGGAGCUAUGUCGUAGCGAAGAUUAUAAAGAUACGAUCGAGUGUUUGAAUCGUUUAUACACGCAAAUGACUCGAGUAUUCGAUAAGCUACGAAUUAUUUCCGAUAAAAGAACGAAAAACUUACAGUUAUGUUUGAAUGUACGCACGUUUGAAGAAAGCUGUGUUGGGUUGAUACAAUGGAUGCACAACGACGGGUAUUCGUAUUUUGAAAAACAGAAAGAAAUUGGUGAUUCCCUGGGUCAUGCGCAAUCUAUGAUGGAAGAGUUUGCUAAAUUUGCCAUUACGGCUCAGGAGCAACUAUCAAACGGCGAAGAAUGUAUUUUAGCAGGAAAAUACCUCAUUGAGUUAGAUGAGCUUCAAAUUGAUCGCGACGUACUGAAAGGAAAGUUGCACGAGCUGCAAAACGAAUUGAACGAUUUCACUGCUAAGUACAACGAGCGUAAGAAGAAGUUAAAGAAAUGCGUUGAUUUUCACACGUUGGUUCAAGAGGCCACGCAAUGGUGGAUGUCUGGUCUGCAGUAUAUCGCUCAUAUGAGUAUGGAAGAAAUACAGACACUCGAUGGAAUACAUAGAUUGCAUGCUUCUAUAACGAACUUUAAACAAAACAAUCCACCUAUUAGUGAAAGUCAAAUCGCGAAAAUAACAGACCUGGCUCAUCAUCUCGGUAGUAAGCAAGUUGAACAAGCGGAGCAAGUAAGCAGUCGCACGCUGGAGGUUCAAGAAAUGUUGCAAGUGAAAAUGAAUCAAAUUUUAGGUGCUGAAGGAAGAUUUAGACAGGUUCAACUUGAUUCUGUCAUGAGCGACGGCGAUGGCGACUCGAGCGGCUUCAAAGACGACGAUUUGUCGACCGAACCUGACGAAGAUGAAUAUCGCGAACAGACAGAUGUCGAGUAUGCAGAGUCUUUGACGAGUCCUAUUGAAAAUGCAGUCGGCCCUAUUUUUAGUUGGAAAGACGGCCAUAAGUUGUACGACGAGAAUGACGCCAAGCUAGCCGUGUUUGAUGUUGCUAUGCCAACUAAAAUGAAAGAAAGACUGCGUCAUAUUAUAGAUGAAAUGAUCAAUACCGAACAUGAGUAUGUGAAGUCAUUGGAGUAUAUAUUAGAACACUACCUCCCACUGAUGGAGGGUACUCAACUACCUCCUACCUUGAUCGGACAAAAAAAUGUGAUAUUUGGUAACAUCGAAAGAAUAUGUGACUUUCAUAAAAGAUUUUUCUCACAAGAAGUAGAAGCAUUUCGACAUGCUCCUUUACAAAUAGGAAAAUGUUUUUUGAAAUGGGAACGACAAUUUUAUCUAUAUGCUUUAUACAACAAAAACAAACCAAGAAGUGACCAGCUAUGGAAUGAUUUUGCGAACAAUUAUUUUCGUAAAAAAAUGCUGGAGUUAAAAGAUAAAUUAGAUUUGGCUAGUUACUUGAUCAAGCCAGUCCAACGUCUGGGUAAAUAUUCGCUCCUGUUGAGAGACAUGAUCAGCUGUUGCGAUGCGCAGGACCCAAGAGUAAUCGAGAUGGAGGCUGCGCACGACUUAAUGAAGUUUCAAUUGAGGCAUGGUAACGACUUGCUAGCCAUGGAUGCAAUUCAACACAGUGAUGUGAAUUUAAAAGAGCAAGGUUGUCUGCUACGACAAGGAGAUUUUAUCGUAUCGUAUGGAAAAAGAAAACGUUCAAGGCGUGUGUUCUUAUUUGAACAUCUGCUGGUUUUCACGAAACCAAAGAAACAAAAAGCGAAAGGAGAUGUGUUCACCUACAAACACUCUAUUAAGAUGGUGGAUAUAGGACUUACAGAGAAUAUCGGUGACAGUGGUUUAAGGUUUGAAGUCUGGUAUCGAAGGUGGAAAAAGGGAAGAGCUGGAGAAACGUUCGUACUUCAGGCUGUCUCCAACCAUGUAAAAACAUCUUGGACUACAGACAUCACUCGUAUUUUGUGGCGACAAGCAUCUCGCAAUAAAGAAUACGGUUUAACUGAAGCAACUACGGGUAUAAGUGUAGAGAGCACUCCUUCUACGAUAUUUUUAGAUAACAGCUUUAAUCCUUCUUCCAGCUCAUUUACGCGAUCACGAACGAUGGACUUAUCUCCCAGAGGAGAUUUUCCACCGAACGCGAAGCGAUUAUCUUGGUUAAGUGCAGGAGAAAGUUCAGGAAGCUCCGGCGUCUUUGAUCUCGGUAGCUUACCUGAAGACAGCCAACAUCCAUUAUCACCGCGAGAUGAAGCGAGAUUUUUCAAGCGAGGAGGAGAGCCCGAUGUAAAGUAUUCGUCUUUACCACGAAAAAAGUUGACGCACCACGCGAGUUUUACUCGUGGCGAAACGUUUGAUACGAUUAGCAUGGUUCAGUUACGUCGCGAUCAAUCGGUUACGCACGAUUCGAGUUUUAUAAGAAACAACGUAUAUCGAAAAACGCUACAAGCUGAAUCAACAAAACGCGCGUCUCAUAAAAAAGUGAGAAGAGAUUCCGGGUCAGGAGGUCGAUUCGCUACUCAACCGAUUAUUUUGCCGAGUAGUUUAUCGUUUACUGAGGGAAUUCCGAUGGGAACGAAUUCCCUACCGAGAACUCAUAAGUUCAAGAAAGUUUCUGAUCGGCCAACAUCUCCUGCACAGUGUAUACGUGAAGUUUCCGAAGAAGAUAUCUUAGACGGAAAUAGAAGACAUUUUGACAGUGAAAACAUUUCCAUAACAAAAUCCGCAACAGACUCUAAAAUAGAUUAUAGUACUGAACAAAGACUACUGCAACGGCCGUUGCGAAGGUCGUUAACGGAUACAAAUAUUAGGGUUUCUAAUGACUUAUGUUACGCUAGCUCUUUAAAAGAGAAAAGUUCGAACAGUAAGUUGAACAAAGAAGCAAUGACACUACCUAUCCGAAAAUAUUCGUUUACGAAAGCCAUGGUAGACAGUAACACAAUUACGGUCGACGAAAGAGAAAAAGAGAGAAAAUUAGCGCGUCAACGUUCGGUGUCACAUGGAGAUUCGUCACUACAUAUGCUCGGAACUAAAGAUUCUCCUACAAGUCCACCGGCUAAGUCGCCUGGUACAAAGAGGAAUCCAUUUCUUAACUUAAAAACGAAGAUCUCGAAGUCGUUAUCCGAAAUUUGAUAGAUGCAUGCAUCUUAGAAUUGUUAAUUUAUGCAAUAAUGAAGUUGUUUUACGUUUUUUAUGUUAAUUUAUGCAAUAUUUAUUUGUUUCUCACCAAUGAAAUGCGUAUGUUAAAAAAAAUUUACGUUCACUAGAAUACAUCUUCGUUCACGCAUUGAACAGGUUUAGGUAUAAAGUUAAAUUAAUAAAUUUAUUUUUUUAUUAUAUUUUUUCAAAGUUAAUUUAUAUGUUGUGAAUAUUUUAAUUGUUGAUGUAGUUAGCAUGUUAUCUUUCGGUUUGUUUCUUUGAAUUUUUAUUCAAAAAUUCUGAUAUCAACAUUUUACGCUGGUUAGUUGCAUUUCAGAGAAAACUUCUUAGAAUGAUUAUUAAAAAUGUCAUGCAGAUUAAUAUAUUCACUUCGCUUUCUUCAAUACUAGUGCUCAUGACAAAUUAUGUACAUCUCGAAAUAAUCAAUUGUUAUUCUAAAUUAAAUUUGUCAAUAUUUCGAAGCAUGAUAAAAACGCUUUCCUACUAAAGGUUUGUAAGAAACAAAACGUUGUACCGACAUCGGUGUUGCUGAGAAGUUUUAAAUGGUUUCUAUUUCGUCGUUUAAACACAGCCUAAAUUCAGUUUCCGUGGUGACAGUUAUGUAGAGCAGAACCACCAAUGAAAUUUAGGGAAAGUCUAUUUAAGCUAUAUAUGAAUUGAGUACUUUCCAGGUCAGAAUUUUAUCCAAACAAUGGGAAAGAAAUUGUAAUUUUUUAUGACCAUUUUGAUGUAAGGUGUUGUUAUGCAACCGUUGCCAUGGCAGUAUUGUUGAAAUGUUGACAAAGUAGUUAUAUUUCUACAGCACUGUUAUCUCGAUAUGUUAUAAUUUUUUAAAUUAACCCAAAUUGUAAUCUAUAUGAUAAAUCGUAUAUUUUUUAAAAAAUAAGAUUAUUCUGGCUCA